ACACAAUAGGUGGCGUGCUCACCAGCGUGUCUGGUUAAUCCAAGAUGGCUGCGCCCUGAGAAUUAGUUACAACGUGAAGGUGCUUCUGCUUUGGACAUUGAAUAACGGAUAGACGGCGGAUAGAGAGCGUUCGAGACAGACCACGAUGUCCAAGAUCUCCAAGGCCGCUAAGGCCGUGAAGAAGGUGGACAUGGGGGGUGUGAUCCGGGCCAUCGUGAGGUCAGGGCAGGCUGCCCCCGGACCACCUCUUGGCCCUGUCCUGGGACAGAAGGGCAUCCCCAUCGGCCAGUUCUGCAAGGACUUCAACGACAAGACCAAAGAGCUCAAGGAAGGAAUCCCUCUGCCCAUCAAGAUCCACGUUAAGCCUGACAGGACGUAUGACCUGACGAUUGGCCAACCCACAGUGUCCUACUUCCUCAAGCAGGCGGCUGGCAUCCAGAAAGGAGCCAGCAAAACAGGCCAUGAGAUAGCAGGGAAGGUGUCUGUAAGGGCGGUGUAUGAGAUUGCUCAGGUCAAGGCCCAGGACGAGGCCUUCAAGAUGCAGAACGCUUCCAUAGAGACUGUUGUCAAGAGCAUCAUCGGCUCGGCUCGCUCGUUGGGCAUUGAGAUCGUCAACGAUUUAUCGGCCGAGGAGUACAAUACUUUCCUGGAGGAGAAGGAGGAGAGGUUGAGAGCGGAGGCAGCAGCUGCAGACGAGGCAGUGUCAGUGAAGAAGAAAUGAGAGCCGCCCUCUAUCCUACCGAUGUAUUUAUACUGACCCUGUAACCGACACAUACCACUCACAUACACACACAUUCUGUCAUAACUGUCAUUUUGCUCUGUAUUGCUAAGCGAAAUAAACGUUUGUUAUUAUGAAUGA